UUCGUUUUUAUCUCUCGCUCUCGCGUUCAUCAAGUCUUUCAUUUCUUUCUAUCGUUAUUUCAUCCGCUCCGUAUGUGUCAUUAUUUUUCUCUCACACCCACUCCCUCUCUGUCAUUAUCACUCUUUUCACAUCCACUCCACUCUGUUAUUAUCUUACUUUCUCAUUUACUCUCGCAUAUAGACACACCCUCCCCUACCUUCAGUACUGAUUUCCUUCUCUUUCUCUGAGCCUCUCUCCGCCUGUUUUCCUUCUUUCACCGAAGUAGAAACAGAAACAGCGCAGGGCAGAGAAGAGAGAUUCUAGGGGAAAAUGUCAGAAAUAUAUCUGGAAAUAUUAUGAAGCAAGAGCCCGGAUAACAAGUAAAUUCCGUGAUAGCCAGAAAAAUGGACGAGAGUCGUGGCUAAGAAGGUUUCCUUCUCACUUAAAAUAUAAUCGCCCAGGGUUUUUCCACUGUAUAAUAAUGGCUACUAUUCAAGAUGCAGGGGCAGCACAUAAUGAGAAGGAUACAGCAGCCUGUAGCAGCAGCAGUAGUUUUGCUACCAGUAACACACUUUCUAGGCCCCCACGGGGGAUACUCAGCCAAGAUCGGACGGCAGUGGGAGAACAGUCAUUGUCACAGUCGUUGCAAAACUUUAGUCAACUUCAAUCACAAGAACAGGGGGCUACUAGUUCCACUACUGGCCCUGAAGCCGGGACCGAUCCUGCCAAACCCCUCAGUUCUGCCUGGGCUACAGCGCUGGCUGCCACCACGGUAACCAACAUGACCCGGAAACGGGUCAACAUCCGGAAGCAGGCUCAGCAGAACAUUCGGCCGGCACGGUCGAUGUUCUGUCUGACCCUAAAAAACCCACUCCGGAAAGUCUGUAUACGGAUUGUAGAAUGGAAAGCUUUUGAAGCUCUUAUUCUCAUGACCAUCUUUGCAAAUUGUGUAGCAUUGGCAAUAUAUACACCAUAUCCUGAAUCAGACACCAACGAAAUCAAUAUGGCACUGGAAAAUGUAGAAUAUGUAUUCCUUGUGAUCUUCACACUAGAAUGUGCCAUGAAGAUCAUAGCCUAUGGAUUUGUGUUACAUCCAGGAGCAUAUUUACGCAACGGAUGGAACAUUCUAGAUUUUAUAAUUGUAGUUAUUGGUGUUAUUAGCACUGUACUUUCUUUUUUGAAUAAUGAUGGCUUUGACGUUAAAGCCUUGCGAGCGUUCCGAGUGCUGAGGCCUUUACGACUGGUGUCACGUGCACCAAGUUUACAAGUAGUUUUGAACUCCAUUCUUCGAGCAAUGGUGCCUUUGUUACAUAUUGCAUUACUGGUUAUAUUUGUCAUUAUCAUCUAUGCUAUUGUUGGCUUAGAGCUGUUCUCAGGGAAAAUGCACAAGACAUGUUUUAAUACUCAAACAGGUCAUUUAGCUUUAGAGAAACCUCAUCCAUGUGGAAAGGGAUAUUCAUGUCAUGCUGAUACAGAAGAAUGUAGAACAUAUUGGAUAGGUCCAAGUGAUGGCAUUACCAAUUUUGACAACUUUGGCUUAGCCAUGCUCACAGUAUUCCAAUGUAUAACAAUGGAGGGGUGGACUGGAGUCCUCUAUAAUAUCAAUGAUGCUAUGGGCAAUAGCUGGCCUUGGAUCUAUUUUAUCAGCUUGAUCAUUAUUGGAUCAUUUUUUGUUCUAAAUCUUGUACUUGGUGUCUUGAGUGGAGAGUUUUCCAAAGAAAGAGAGAAGGCCAAAGCCAGAGGUGAUUUUCAGAAACUUCGCGAAAAGCAGCAGAUUGAAGAAGACCUUAGAGGUUAUUUAGACUGGAUCACACAAGCUGAGGAUAUUGACCCUGAGAAUGAAGAAGGAGAAGAAGAGGGCACAACUCCCAGGCAUAAUAAACCAAGUGACACGGAAUCAUCAGAAAAGAACGAAGAUUUAGAUAGUGGAGAAAUACAACAGACCUGGUGGAGUGUAAAAAGUCGCCGAUUUCAAAAAUGGAAUCGUCGUUGCCGGAGACUUUGUCGACGCUUAGUGAAAUCACAAGCAUUUUACUGGGUUGUAAUUGUAAUGGUGUUUCUAAACACUGGAGUUCUUACAUCAGAACAUUAUCUACAGCCGUCAUGGCUUGACCAGUUCCAAGAAGUUGCCAAUCUAUUUUUUGUUGUUGUGUUCACCUGUGAGAUGUUAUUGAAAAUGUACAGCUUGGGUUUCGAAAGUUAUUUCGUUUCCCUUUUCAACCGUUUUGACAGCUUUGUUGUAAUAUGUAGUAUUGUUGAGGUUAUCCUGAUUCAUACAAACUUAAUCAAACCAUUGGGUGUGAGUGUGCUCAGGUGUGCACGCUUACUUCGUGUGUUCAAAGCAACACGAUACUGGACAUCAUUGAGAAAUCUAGUUGCCUCCUUGUUGAACAGUAUGCGCUCAAUUGCUAGUUUAUUGCUGCUGUUGUUCUUGUUCAUUGUCAUAUUUGCUUUGUUGGGAAUGCAACUGUUUGGAGGUAAAUUUAAUUUUGAUGAGACACAGGAUAAACCUCGUAGCAACUUUGACACUUUCUGGCAAUCACUACUCACUGUAUUUCAGAUCUUGACUGGUGAGGAUUGGAAUGAAGUGAUGUACAAUGGUAUCAAAGCAUAUGGAGGUGUCCGCAAUGUGGGAGUUCUUGUCUGUCUAUAUUUUGUUAUUCUGUUUAUAUGUGGUAACUAUAUCCUGUUGAAUGUCUUCUUGGCUAUCGCUGUGGACAACUUGGCAGAUGCUCAAUCUCUCACUGAGAUUGAGCAAGAGAAAGAAGAAGAAAAAGAACGAAGCCGCUCUAUACGUAGAUCUAAGAGUAAAUCUCCUGAAGCAAAAGAAGGAGAAGAAAAUAAUGAAGGAGAAAAAAGUAAUGAACUUGCAGAAAAAUCAGAUUCUCGGGAACCCCAUGAAGACCAUAAUAUCCGGAUAGACAUAAAUUCUGAUGAAGUUGCUGGAGAAUAUCGAGAAAACACACAGAUUCCUAGCCAAGAAGAAGAAAUACCUGAUGAAGAGCAUGCAACUGAAGAUGAAGAGACGACAGGGGAGGACGAUGAAUCAGAUGCUGCAGCAACUGCUCGACCACAGAGAAUGUCGGAAGUAAAAAUAAACGACAAAGUGAAACCAAUUCCAAAAGCUAGUGCAUUAUUUGUGUUUUCCCAUGAUAACAGAUUCCGAGUUUUUUGCCAUUUUGUCUGCAAUCACAACUAUUUUGGAAACUUUGUUUUGGCCUGCAUCCUCAUCAGUAGUGCUAUGUUAGCUGCUGAAGACCCACUUGAUCAAUCUGCUGAGAGAAGUAAAAUAUUAAAUUAUUUUGACUAUAUUUUUACGAGUGUAUUUACUAUUGAAAUCAUCAUCAAGCUCAUUAGUUAUGGAUUAGUUCUUCACAAAGGCUCCUUUUGUCGAAGCUAUUUCAACUUGCUGGACUUGUUAGUUGUUGGAGUAUCUCUUAUAUCCAUCAACCCCAGCAAUGAAGCUAUAUCAGUUGUGAAAAUUCUUAGGGUACUUCGUGUACUCAGACCUUUGCGUGCAAUCAAUCGAGCCAAAGGAUUAAAGCAUGUGGUGCAAUGUGUUAUUGUUGCUGUCCGCACCAUUGGUAAUAUUAUGCUGGUCACAUUUCUGUUGCAAUUCAUGUUUGCAGUCAUUGGUGUACAACUAUUUAAGGGAACAUUCCACAGCUGUUCAGAUUCCUCAAAAAGAACCAUGGAAGAAUGCCAGGGGAAUUACAUUGUUUAUAAAAAUGGAGAUGUAAAUUACCCUGAACUGAGAGAAAGAGAGUGGACAAACAAUGAUUUCAAUUUUGAUGAUGUUGGGAAGGCAAUGUUGACACUCUUCACAGUAUCUACAUUUGAAGGUUGGCCCAACCUUUUGUACAUUUCAAUCGAUUCCCAUCUAGAAGGUAUGGGACCGGUUUAUGACAAUCGUCCUGUAGUAGCUAUUUUCUAUUUUGUUUACAUCAUCGUCAUUGCAUUCUUUAUGGUUAACAUCUUCGUUGGUUUUGUGAUCGUCACAUUCCAGAACGAGGGAGAGCAAGAAUACAAAAAUUGCGAACUUGACAAAAAUCAGAGGAAAUGUAUUGAAUUUGCUUUAAAAGUUAAACCUGCCCGUCGGUACAUCCCAAAAGCUCGCUGGCAGUAUAAAGUGUGGUGGUUUGUUACAUCACAACCAUUUGAAUAUGCAGUAUUUGCUCUCAUUAUGAUAAAUACAAUCACACUUGCAAUGAAGUAUGAUGGUGAAAAUGAAGGUUACUCAAAUGUGCUGGAUUAUCUUAAUAUGAUUUUCACUGGACUCUUUACUGUGGAAUUUAUGCUCAAGUUGGCUGCUUUUAGAUUUAAGAACUAUUUUGGUGAUGCCUGGAACGUUUUUGAUUUCAUUAUUGUUUUAGGAAGUUUCAUUGAUAUCAUUUAUACAGAAGUUAAUCGAAACUCAGAGAGAAUUGACAAUGACGACCCGUCACAGCCAACGCUAUCUUCGGGAGCUCUCUCUCUGGAUAAUUCGCCAGGCUCUCCAAUCAUCAGUAUCAAUUUCUUCCGUCUAUUCCGUGUUAUGAGGUUAGUUAAACUAUUGAGCCGAGGAGAGGGCAUCCGUACUCUGCUCUGGACCUUCAUCAAGUCAUUCCAGGCUCUGCCAUAUGUCGCUCUGUUAAUUGUCAUGUUGUUCUUUAUCUAUGCAGUCAUUGGUAUGCAGACAUUUGGUCGAAUUGCACUAAAUGAAUCAACUGAGAUUCAUAGAAAUAACAAUUUCCAGACUUUUCCACAAGCUGUUCUUGUACUGUUCAGGUCUGCCACAGGUGAAGCGUGGCAAGAAGUAAUGCUUUCUUGUGUAGACAGCCAUGAUGUGUUUUGUGACAAACUUGUCAAAACUAAUUCCACCUGCGGUACAAACUUUGCAUAUCCUUACUUCAUUUCAUUCUAUAUUCUCUGCUCAUUUUUGAUCAUCAACUUAUUUGUUGCUGUCAUCAUGGACAAUUUUGAUUAUCUGACCAGAGAUUGGUCCAUCUUAGGACCUCAUCAUUUGGAUGAAUUUGUACGACUUUGGUCAGAAUAUGAUCCUGAAGCCAAAGGCCGAAUCAAACAUUUAGAUGUUGUAACCCUACUGCGAAAAAUAUCUCCACCACUGGGUUUUGGCAAGUUGUGUCCUCAUAGAGUGGCCUGUAAGCGUUUAGUCAGUAUGAACAUGCCACUUAACAGUGAUGGAACAGUUAUGUUUAAUGCCACCUUGUUUGCCUUGGUACGCACAUCCCUCAAAAUCAAAACUGAGGGAAACAUAGACCAAGCAAAUGAGGAACUUAGAGCUGUGAUAAAGAAAAUCUGGAAACGAACCAGUCCAAAACUUCUGGACCAAGUUGUUCCCCCAGCCGGUAGGGAUGAUGAAGUUACAGUGGGGAAAUUCUAUGCAACCUUCCUAAUCCAGGAUUAUUUCCGACGGUUCAAAAAGCGAAAAGAACAAAUACAAAAGAUUCAAAAAGGGCAGGAACACACAAAUGCUUUACAGGCUGGAUUACGUGCGGUGCAUGAUCUUGGUCCAGAAAUUAGAAGAGCCAUAUCAGGAAACCUUGAAGAAGAAGACUUUCCUGAAAGAGAUGUUGAAGAACCUAUGCAUAGGAGAAAUCAUAGUUUGUUUGGUACGGUAGUAUCAGCUCUAACUGGCCAUAAACCAAUACCCUUUAGUAAUCGAACUCAAUCCUUACAUUUAAACCAUACCCAACCUCACCCUAAAGUUUCCCCCACAAAUUCCCUAAAUGCCCCCCAGUCAAAGCUGUCUCCUCAGAACUCUAUCAAUGGUAAAGUAUCACCUGCAUUGUCUUGCAACCAUAUCAAUAUUGACUUGAUAAACUCCAUCAAUCGAUCUGCAACACCUCUUGGUCCUGUCAAAGUGGCACCUGCUAAUGAAAUAAUGCCUUUACGCAAAGAUAGCCACACAAGCAAACCAAGCAGUGAACACUCUUCUGUCGAGGUUGACUCUGUUCUUGACAACGAACAGGGUCUCGGAAGCAGGCCGAGUGAAGUUCAGGAUUCAGACACUGAGAGUAUUCCAAUGCGAACGGUCGUAAGCGAUCUCAGUCAGAAUGUACAACCCCAGUCAGAUCAUGCAGCUGGGGUCAGUGACCCUGACCAUGGCUCCGACCAAAUAUCUGAUAAAUUUUCAGACAAAGUGUUGUUUGAUCACAUGCCUGAUCGUGUUCCAGUAACUCAUCCAGGCCCUCCAGACAAAAAGCAGGACAUAUAUGUAUAUAGAGAUCUUCCCCAAGAAGACAGUGAUUAUGAAAGAGAACAAACACCACCUUCUCCCCCUCCAGCUUCCAGAAAAGUCAGUAAGAGAGGUGCUUCUAUCAAACUAUCGUGUAUAGGUAAACAGGGCAGUGAUGAAAACCCCUUAGUUAAAAAGAUUGCACAGCCCUUAAAAUUAGCCCAGAGACAGGCUAUGGCUGUAGCUGGAGUCCCUCCUGGAACUAAAUAUAUGUCAACUGAUCCACGAGAUCAAUCCAUACCUGCAGCUAAUCAAAAAUACCCCUACCUCAGUCCAGGUCAUAGAUUUAUGUUCUUUAAGAAAAGAUGGAAAAGACCAAGAGAUGACGAACACCUUCGCAGACAUCCUAGGUCUGGUGAUUACCCUGAAGGAACUGACAGUGCUAUCCCAUACCGUGCCUACGAGCGUGGUCCAUUAGUGAUUCCCACACAUGUUCUCAGUAGAUCAAAGUAUGGUUUUGAACGUGGCAGUGCUGAGAGUUUGGUUGAAAAAGUACUUGAAGAAGAAGGUCUCCGGAAAUACGUAGACGUAAAAUAUUUACAACAAGAAAUCAAAGAAGCUGGUGGUGGUAUGUCACAAGAAGAACUUGAUCGUGCAGCACAUGACCUCAUCCGAUCAUCAGUCCAUGGUGGUAUUCACCCAUCUUACAUUGACCAGCGUUUAGGUGGCUUCAAAGGCCACGAAAUGAAAGAUUUAAAUCAAUUUUCAAGAAGUGCCACUCCUACUCACCGGUUACGAAGGCAACCCCAUUUGCCUCAUCCAGAAUUUAUAGAUGAUUAUCAUGAUUCCAUGGAUGACAGAAUGGAACCCUGUCUGCAGAUCCAGCAUGCUCUCCCUAAGAAAUGACUGGCUUUUUCCUUAUGAAAUAUAACAUCAUGAGCAACCACAAUCCCAACAGCAACAAAAGCAACAGCAGCAGAGGAAAUUAAUUGAAAAAAUCUUGUCUUAUUUGGUUUGCAUUAUGAUGAUGAUGAUGAUGAAGAUUAUGAUGACUACGAUUUUUGAUGAUGUUGAUAAUGAUGAUGAUCAUAAGGAUGAUGAUGAUGAUGAAGAUGAUCAUGACGAUCAUUGAUGAUUACACAUCCGAGAUCUUUAUUAUCUGUCAUCACUGUGUUGUUGCUGUGACAGCUGCGCUGUCAUCAUUGUCAUCGCCGUCGCCGACAACGACAAUGAUUCCACCUACCCGUCCACAACCGACGGAUAAAAACUCCACGGACUCCACCCUCCUACCACCACUGGUUAACUGAAAUUAAAUGCAAUUUUCCUUCCUUGCCAAACUAAAACCAAAAUCUGAAACCAAAUGGAAAUCAAACUCAACCAAAACUGAGACGUCUUUGGGGAUCAUAAGCGACCAUCCAUGGACAAUUUAACAGAUGUCGCUUCCUUGUGACUGAGGCAUAGGUGUGGUUGUUGUCAACCAAUGGAGUAUCUUACGGGUUGGCUAACAGAAUCUGCCAACCCCACAAAAUAGAUAGAUGAGCUACCUUCAUAUAUAUAUAUAUAUAUAUAUAUAUAUAUAUAUAUAUAUAUGUAUAUAUGUGUAUGUAUAUAUAUAUAUAUAUUUAUAUUUGCCUCUAAAGAUGUAUUUGUGUGCAUGUAGUGCAUGCACAUAAGUAUGUCUCUUUGCAAACAUGCACAUAUCCAAUAUCUCUCAUGUUUCCUUGUGUGUGCAUGUGUGUGUGUAUAUGUGUGUGCAUAGAUAUACAUACAUGUGCACAACACCUAAACGUCACCACUUUGUGUUAUAUAAUUCCACACAUAAGCUAAUAUGUUUGCGCUCACUGAAGAGGCUUUGUGGAAACACCAUUACACAUGUUCAAAAGCACACACAAAUAUAUGACACCCCUCAUGCUCCAACACAUUGGAAUGAUCUAAAACUGAAGGAAAAAUUUUCUUUUCUAAUUUUCU